AUGACCGUCCAACCAACCGCAAAAUCAUUUACCGUCGCCCUCCAACCCCCUCCGGGACCGAACCUCUCCCUCCCCACGCCCUCCAACCCAUCCCCACCAACAAACCCCCCAAUCUUCAACGACGCAAUGGCCAUCCGCCUCAAGGUCUUCGUCGAGGAACAGCACAUCUCCGCCUCAGCCGAGAUCGACGACGACGACCCCCGCAGCUGGCAAUGGGUGAUAUAUGACAGCAGCAACGCCGUCAAAACCCCCAUAGCGGUGAUUCGGCUCGUCCCGCCGCCGCAGGCACCGCAUGAACUCAUCACGAACCCCGGUGCGGCCGCGUCAUUAUUGCCAAAGUACGAUACUGCACAUGAGCCGUAUAUCAAGCUGACGAGGGUGGCGGUUUUGAGGGAGUAUCGGGGUCUUGGGCUAGGGCAGAGACUCGUUAAUGAGGCUUUGGGGUGGGCGAGGGGCCAUGGGGAGGAGAUCGAGAAGGCGUCUCGACGGGUGGUGGGGAAGGAGUUGAAGUGGAAAGGGUUGGUGUUGGUCCAUGCGCAGGUGCAGCUGGAGAAGAUGUAUGAGCGGUUUGGGUUUGUGACGGAUGAGAAGAUGGGGAGGUGGGAUGAGGAGGGGAUUGAGCAUAUAGGGAUGUGGAAGAGGAUUGACGUAGAGACUCGUUCAUAG